AUGGGAGAGACACCACAAUCUCACGAUCGGCAAAACACCGUCUACUCGGAUUACCAGGGUCCCACGCAAGUGGAUGGAGUGAGCCAAUCGCAAGAGAAAACUUUCACGACUCCAGGAGAACAUGCACCUUUCUCUUCGCAAUUCGGUGCAUUCUCACAGACGUCUCGCACAUCGACCUCGCAACAUGUUAACCCAUAUGCCAACUAUCAGUACCAGCAGUCGAUGCAUGGGCUGGACAUGAGCUCGGUAGGACUUACACUGCCUGGGUCUUCUCCCUUGUCCACUUCUGCCAGAGCUUUCGCGCAACAAGCGUCAUCCCACGCUGAUGGAUUGCCUGUGCAGGCGCCAGGCAUGAACUUUAGACCGCAAAAGUUGCACCAGUAUGGAGCUCAGGCUUAUCCACCGAACAUGACGAUGCCCAUGUCUGGUCUGCGCAACCAACCGCAAGCCGCUGGUAUGGCUCCCCACUACUAUCACAACUCCUACAGUGUACCUCCCUCGCAGCUCGGCAUGCAACGCCAGGGACAGCCCAUCGUAGGGUACUCAAUGAUGCCCGGAAUGCCCUCCAACAAUUUCGAUUUCAACAACCAGCCGAAUCAUCCCGUGUCAUACUUGAGUACGUCUAUUCCACGUGGUCAGAGAGAUGAACUGCAAGACAUCUCCAUCAUCUUUGAUCCAGAAGCUAAGCGCAAGACACUGACUCUGAUCUUGGUCACUCAGCCCACACCAUCUUAUCCCAGAGGUCCACCAAGAAAACCCAGACAAUCUGGCCAUGCACUCUGGGUCGGAAACCUGCCCCCUGGCACAACCAUCGGCGCCCUCAAGGACCACUUUUCACGCGAAGCAACCAAAGACAUCGAGAGUCUAUUCCUCAUCUCCAAGAGCAACUGUGCGUUUGUCAACUACCGCAACGAGACUGCGUGCGCUGCUGCCAUGGUCAGAUUCCACGAUUCUCGGUUCCAGGGUGUGCGUUUGGUAUGUAGGCUUCGUCGUAGCACCCCCAACGCUGGAUACUCCUCGACGAUACCCGACUCAACGACUCCUGAAUCCGCCAACGAGGCAGACAAGUCGGGUCGCAAAGGAUUACGAAGAACAUCUUCUGGUCCGGUCAUUGUGGAUGGUUCAGCCCGUUCAUCGCCAGACAAACAGUCUCCGCACGGUGGUGUUGAUGGUGUCGACGAUGUUGAUGGUGUCGAUGGAGUUGAUGGUGCCGAUGGUGUCGAUGAGGUUGAUGGCGUUGAUGGAGUAGAUGGUGUUGACGGACUCGACAAGGUCGAUGGCCACAGUCCAGCACGAGUGCCUGAGAAGUACUUCGUGGUCAAGAGUCUUACGCUGCAGGAUCUCGAAGCCAGCGUGCGCAAUGGAGUCUGGGCCACGCAGAGCCACAACGAGGUUGCGCUGAACCAUGCUUACGAGUCUGGAGAAUACUUUGGCUAUGCUCGCAUGACCAGCCCCAUCACCUCGGAACCGACAACAUCUCCCACGGAACUGCAGCCAAAGACCAAAGACCUGGACAGCGGGCCAAAGUCCAUUCCAACCCCGGCAACACAAUGGGCGCCAAAGGGACGCAUCGUAGACGACUCGGCACGCGGCACAAUCUUCUGGGAAGUCGACAACACACCUGAAGACGGAACAGAAGAAGAAGGAGCAGCAAUCGACGGUGCUUCCGCGACAACACUACAGCAAACCCAACGAGAAGAGAAGGAAACAGGUGCCCGACAAGAAAGGCAAGAGUGGGGCAAAUCUUUCCGGGUCGACUGGAUCUCGACGAACCGACUACCCUUCUACCGCACCCGUGGUCUGCGUAAUCCCUGGAAUGAGAACAGAGAGAUCAAGAUCGCGCGCGAUGGCACAGAGAUUGAGCCUAGUAUUGGACAGCGGUUGGUGCAAAUGUUCCAUCGCCCGGCACAGAUGCCCCAGGGCGCGAUCAGCAUGUCUCCUGUAGGGAUGCACUUUCCCUCGUGA